AUGUGGGAGGCGAAGCUGGAGCCCAAUGUCAUCAGCUAUAGCGCUGGGAUCAGCGCGUGCGAGAAGGGCGAGCAGUGGCAGCGGGCGCUGGCGCUGCUGAGCGAGAUGUGGGAGGCGAAACUGGAGCCCAGUGUCAUCAGCUAUAGCGCUGGGAUCAGCGCGUGCGAGAAGGGCGAGCAGUGGCAGCGGGCGCUGGCGCUGCUGAGCGAGAUGCGGGAGGCGAAGCUGGAGCCCAACGUCUCAGCUACAGCGCCGGGAUCAGCGCGUGCGAAAAGGGCGGACAGUGGCAGCGGGCUCUGUCACUGCUGA